AUGUCGCGACGAAGCCCUGCAGCGGGCGGCAACGGGCCCGAGAGCUCUGAAACCCCCAAGGAUGCCGGCCAGGAUAAGCAGAAGAUACUCCUCUCUGCAGACACAGGCCACUUCAGCUUGAUCAGGUGCGCAAACAGCUGGAAUUUUACUGAUGAUGACUCCUUUUUCCCCCUUCUAACUCGGCGGUUUGAUAAUUCCAGGGCCUUGCAUCUUGCUGAUUUUAUUACGGAAUUAAAUGUGAUGUCGAUAUUUUCGUCGUUGAGAUACUGCCUGGGUGAAUCCCACCAGCAUGGGAACAUCUGGAUGGCCCUUGGUUUCAUCCCGUUCGGCCUCUUCUUUGACUUCAUGGAUGGGAAGGUUGCCAGAUGGCGGAAGAAGUCGUCGCUGAUGGGCCAGGAACUGGACUCUCUAGCGGAUCUGGUCUCGUUUGGCGUUUCUCCUGCAGUGGCAGCAUUUUCGAUUGGAAUCAGGUCGCCGGUUGACCACAUCCUACUCACGCUCUUUGUUCUCUGCGGUCUCACUAGACUCGCUCGAUUUAACGUCACCGUCGCAACACUCCCCAAGGAUAAGACAGGGAAGUCAAAAUACUUUGAAGGAACCCCCAUUCCGACGACGCUAGUGCUUGUGGGAAUAAUGGCGUACUGGCUGUCUCAGGGUUGGAUUUUGGAAGACCUUCCACUUGGAGUAAUGCUUCCAGGUACCGCGCUCGAAUUUCACCCGGUUGUUGGCAUGUUUCUUGUUAGCGGCUGCCUUAUGGUAAGCAGAUCUAUACAUAUCCCAAAGAUAUGA